AUGGCAGCGCUGUUCAUACAGAGCUCGCGCCGAAUGGAGCUGAUCCUGAUGCUUAUUUUCCUAGAGUACGACAGCGUGAGCGCACGAGGCUCGUAUCCGAGGAACUACAUGCAAGCCUGUGAAGGAGGACUCGGUGUGUGCACCACGGCUGCCCAGUGUCGCAAGCAUGCCGGAGAAGUCGUCGGAACUUGUCCUCUGUCAACAUGCUGCAGGAUGUCAAGAACUUGCGACCAGAUAAUCCUUCAGAAUAAUACCUAUUUCGUUGAGAACCCCCUUGAAAUGAGAGGGAAGUGUGACGUCGAUGUCCAUAAGCUGAGGUAUCCUGGGGACAUUUGUCAGCUGAAGCUCGACUUGGUGGAGUUCUCUACAAUCGGACCUGACCCGAAUGGCAUCUGCUCCUUCGACAGCUUCGAAGUCAGCGGUCAGCUCAACGCAGUGCCCGUAAUAUGUGGCUUGAAUUCCGGACAACACUUUUACUUGGAUGUACAAGGAAUUCCAACUGUGCAUCUUAGGAUGAACCUGGCUGCUAAUCAAACUCGAAGGGUUUGGAAGAUACGGGUAUCGCAGCUGCCCUGCCGUUCCGGGAGAUUAGCUCCGCGGGGCUGCUUGCAGUACCUCGAAGAGAACUCAGGGAUAAUCUCAAGCUUCAAUUAUGGCAAUCCGUUCAACAGCAGUUAUCCCGUGAUCAGUCCAUCGUAUGAAAUCUGCUUCAGAGACAAGUGUCAGCUGAACUUGAGCAAAGCGGGACCUUUCGGAUUGACAGCGCAACCUCAAACGUCGUCCGUGACCAUUCGAUCCUUGAACCGGCUCAAUCUGGAUGCGAAUUGUCUAGAUCCGCAAGACUUGGCAUGGCUGAAGCAGAAAAGCUUCAUUUCAGUCGACUACACCAGAUUCUGCGGUGACAAUUUCCCCGAUCUCUACACUAGCGUACACAUGGUGAAUCAGAUGUCGGUGGCGAUCUAUCCCCUGGAAUACAAUCGUUCCGAGGUGUUCUAUCCUGGAUUUCGUCUUCGAUACAUGUUGAAUUGUGGACGAGCCGCUCACGAACAGACGGCACUCGUGCAAUUGAAGGCGCAAGGGAAUGCCGGAGAGGAAGAGGAUUCGACGGAGCAAAUCACUACCACGGUCGACUCCAACUCCUCAUCGACAGCAACUUCCGAACCUUUGCUUGUAUUCAGAGCGUUCCAGUCUUUGAAGGAUCUGCAUAGUCGACGUUGA